UACUGUAAAAUAAACCGCCGGCUGGGCCCCGCCUCCUGCGCUCGGUUGCCAUGGCGACGGCGUUGGCUGUUAGGAGGAGGCAGCCGCCGAAGCAAAGCGUAGGCCUCGCGAGCAGCCAUGGGGCGCAUCACGGAAGAGCUAGUUAGACAAAGGGCAGAACAUAACAACUGUGAAAUCUUUUCCUUGGAAGAAAUUUCCUUACACCAGCAGAAUAUAGAGAAAAUAGAACAUCUUGACAAAUGGUGCCGGGAUUUGAAAAUUCUGUACCUUCAAAAUAACCUGAUCCCCAAAAUUGAAAAUGUUAGCAAACUGAAGAAGCUUGAAUAUUUAAAUUUGGCUUUAAACAACAUUGAAAAAAUUGAGAAUUUGGAAGGCUGUGAAGAUUUGCAGAAGCUGGAUUUGACAGCUAAUUUCGUUGGAGAAUUGUCCAGUGUUAAGACCCUGAAAAACAACAUACACCUUAAAGAGCUCUUCCUUACCGGAAACCCCUGCACUGAUUUUGAAGGUUAUAGGCAGUUUGUCGUUGCUACCCUUCAUCAACUCAAAUUUUUGGAUUCUAAAGAGAUAGGACGUUCAGAGAGGAUUCAGGCUUUACAGAGCUACCCUGAGGUAGCAAAACAUAUCCAAGAGCAGGAGAAGGCCUACCUCAUUAAAAGAAGACAAGAAAAAGAAGAGGCACAGAGAAGGAUACAAGAAAAGCAGGAGAAGAAGAAGAAAAACGAGAAUCAAAAGAAAUAUAAUCCAGGAUACGAUGGACGGUGGUACACAGACAUCAAUAACACCAUCCCAUACUCUGCAACAGAGAGAGAGAACCAGCAGAAGGCUGAAGAAGGAAAUGAAUACCGUGAUUUAGUGAUAAAGGAGGAUGACGAAGAAGAGAGAGCCUUUUGGGAGGAACCCACGCCUCAUACUCCAGAGGCUAGGUUAGAAGCUCACAGAUAUAUUGAAGAGAAAAAUAAAGCAAAGGAAAAAAGAGAACAAACCAAGAAAGAGAAACCACCAAGGACUUUAAUCGCUCCAGAAGGAAGAAUUCUGAAUAUAAAUGAACCUAAGCUUCCUUUCUCUUUAAAAGAUGAUGAAGCAAACAACCAAUUCAUCCUGGAUCUUGCUGUUUACAGACAUCUAGACACCUCCCUACUUGAUAUUGAUGUACAGCCUACUUACAUCCGAGUAAUGAUCAAGGGAAAGGCAUUUCAACUUGUGCUUCCUGCUGAAGUGAAGCCAGAUAACAGCACUGCUAAAAGAUCUCAAACAACCGGGCAUUUGGUUCUCAGCCUACCAAAGGCUAAAGAAAUAAUUGUGGCUAAGCAAGAAGUAUCCACUUCUAAGAAACCCUCUGACACCACCAAGCUUCAAAAAAAUCAAAGAAGAAAUGAGUAUACAGAGAAGCUGGAAGUGGACCCUAGCAAGUAUUCAUUCCCUGAUGUAUCAAACAUUGUCCAGGAAAAGGAUCGGAUUGGACAAGGGCCUAUAAGGCUUCAGCGGCAGAAAACUGUAGAUGCUACCGGUAAUAACAUGAGCUUUGAUGAUGACCCAGAUGUUCCUCCUUUAAUUUGAAAGAUUGAUAUGGAGUUUCUUUUGACUUUAGAACAGCAUAGACCUGUCUAAAGAUAAGUGCCUUGCCUUUUAGCUGAUUCCCUUAUUCUGUUGUACAAACAAAUGGAUGUGCUUCUCUAUAAACCCAUCUACUUCAGCUGUCUCUGGUGGUAAUUGAAAUCCCUUUCAGAAUGGAGUCCUGCUUUACUAAACAGCACAUCACUUCCAAAUUGCACAGGCCUUUUUCACAUAUCGUGCUUUGCCAGCCUUCUUACAUCAACCUUGGAGAUGGUGUGAAUUGUUUUCGGGGUCUGAGGCAAAUCUCCCUCUCUUGCAUGUACUGAAAUUGCUUCAAGACUCAAGGCCAGACUUGUUCUAAGCAGCUGAGGUGGGGAGGGGGACAGGAGGCAGAGCAAAUCCAUGUUCUAUCUUUUCCUGCAAUGGUUUAGAAGGGAAAGAAAAAUUUGAUUGUAGUUCCAAAGUUCAGAGUCAAGGGGACAGUGGUGAACAGUUUCUAGAUGUGGAGCACUCAUCAGAGUCCUAGCCAAAGCACCCAGGUCGAUAAUUUUUUUUGAGCUAGUGGGAUUCUGACCAAAUACUGGAAAUGGGUAUGGAAAGAUGGCUGCAAAUAUGGGUUGUAAAUGGUUGGGAUGGGUGAGUUAGCUUGGGAUGGGUGAAUUAGCCUGCUUAGUUAGCUUUGCCACUCCACUGGAAAAUCACUAUGAAGAUUGUUAUUUACUUCUACAAAAGUACACCAAUUCCUGAACUGUUAAGUGAGCUGAAGGAAGUCUUGUCGCUUUGCAUGCUGCAGCAGUUAGCAACUAGAUAGGCCAGUGAACUAACCCAGUGCAAAACACCUAGUGGGGGGGGGGCAGCCUGGCCACAGCAUACAUUCCUAAUCUUUUCUCCCUUCUUCAUGCAUCCCCAAUCCUAGGCAGCUCAUCAGACAACUCACAGACAAAAGGAAGUGGUUGGUCAUAAUCCUUCCCUUCCCUUCCCUUCCUUUCCCUUCCUUUCCAUUGCCCUCUACCACUUCAGAUUCACUGGGAAUCUUACCACAUGCCCAAUGUUUUCAUAUCAAUGGGAUGAGUAAAGAUUAAGCCCAGGGGGGUGAAAUCAUCUGUAUGGCUGCUUAGCAACCACACAAACAUCUUCUAUGCUUCCUGCUAACCUAGAUACCAAAAUGAACACUUGUGUGGUUGCCUAGCAACCACACUUGUGAUUUCCACCCCCAUUUCACUUUCUCAUACCUUUCUAGAUUACCUUUACUAGACCAGUUGAAAUGAGUGGAACUGUAAAGUUGUGCAGCUCCUGCUGCUGCUGCUGGCCUUCAAACGACGAUGGCAGCAUCCCUGGAGGUGGGAGGGGAUAGGGGCAGUGGACAGCAUCAAACUUGCCCAUCCUGUUGGCACAAUAAUGGUUGCUUAUGCAAUGGGGCUUUCUCCCCUCUCCUUCCCCUGCUGCACUUACCCCACACCCGCCCCAAAUCUGCUCCAGAGGGUUGGGGAAAACCCCAGAAGAGUUUAGGAUGUGUGUGGAGAGGAAAUGGAGGAAAGUCUCUAGUUGCACAAGUAGAAAUCUUUGCACUGGUGGGAGGCUUACUUAAUGUUGCAUUGGAUACAAACCAUAACCUUACCCCUUUUUUGCUCAAUAUCACCCUGUGGCUAAGGUUCUGCUCAUGGGGGAACCCAUUGCCAGUCCCCUGCCUUAGUUGGUUGCUAGGCAUGCUAAUAGGAUUAAGAUGAUGGGGAGCAUUGGAUUAACUUCUGCAGAUCUCACAAUGUCUCCUAAAGGUAGGGGGAAAGCAUUGCCACUUUGCCUUGUGUCCUCGUUCCACUCACGGUUUUGGACAUACUACCAUUAUCAAUGGGGACAUGGGUGGCGCUGUGGGUUAAACCACAGAGCCUAGGGCUUGCCAAUCAGAAGGUUGGCGGUUCGAAUCCCCACGACGGGGUGAGCUCCCGUUGCUCAGUCCCAGCUCCUGCCAACCUAGCAGUUCGAAAGCACGUCAAAGUGCAAGUAGAUAAAUACAGUAGGUUUUUAUCUACAGCAGAAAGGUAAACGGCGUUUCCGUGCGCUGCCCUGGUUCGCCAGAAGUGGCUUUGUCAUGCUGGUCACGUGACCUGGAAGCUGUACGCCGGCUCCCUCGGCCAAUAGAGUGAGAUGAGCGCUGCAACCCCAGAGUCAGUCACAACUGGACCUAAUGGUCAGGGGCCCCUUUACCUUUACCAUUAUCAAUCUGAACUGAGGUAUUGGAAUAAAUAGGCCAAUAUGCUAACUCAGUUUGCGGCAGUUAUAAUUUCCUGCAAGACUUGGCCUGAUUCUCUCUGAAGUGGUCUACCUGUGUCAGCACUGCAGCAUCUGAAGAGGGCAAACAUCACUCUUCCUUGUCUGGGAGAAGUAUUCUAGCCUAUCCUUCUUCCUGACACUCCACUUUUUAUUGUUUUGUGCAACUAGGAGAUGUAAGUGAUCAGUUUGUGCAACACAUCCACAGAAGAAAGGUGGGAUAUAAAUGUAAUAACACAUGGAAAUCCAUGCACCCACUGCAGUGGACUGUUGCCUGCUCAUGCCACAAUAAAUAAAGUAUUGCAGUGCUAUCAUUUAUUUAAAGCUUCUUAGUCUUCUGGGAUUUAGGAAGUCAUCUACUUUGAAACAUCUUUAACUUUUUGUUGAUGUCCAAUCAAUUUCCUACUCAAAAUGUUUUGCAUUUUCAUUAAAGCCACCUGUGAUGUUAGGAGGAAUGGUUCCUGCUGUUUGUACUGGAUGAGGGUGCACACUCCCAGGAGGAACUCAUCAGCUCCUUAUUGGUUAAUGAAUUUUAAGGUUUUGCCUGAAGGCAUCGCUUUCUGUCAGAACACCUGCUGAAGGCCAGCUGUUAGAUGUCAAAGCAAGGCAAGAACCAGAACUGAGAUUUCACUUCUGUACUCAGGUCUACUUUGAACUUCUUUUUAUCACUUCAGAGAAUAGUAUUUGGCACAAGAUGUUCUACAUUGGGAAGGACCCUGGAAGACUGGGAGCAGACACCCCCCUGGAGCCUUUCAGUGCACGUGCAAGGGACCUGCUUGCC